UUUUUCAGACAUAUUUAUUAUUUAUUUAUAUUAUUAGUCUUCCUCACUUUGUCUUUCUCUCUCAUUAUUACUUCACUCCAUUUUUCUACCUCUACAAGACAAAAACAAAGAAACACUUCGAUUUUUGAAACAUAAUCACUGAGAGCUGUAACAAAUAUUAUACUCAUCUCUUUGAGUUUCACCAUUCAAAUUGUUGGAAGAUGACAAUGAUGAAAAGUGAACAGCCUAAGCAUGGUCAACAAGAAAAGAUGUGUAGUAAUUUUCAUAAAAACUUCGAUCUUAAUGUAACUGCUCAAGAAUUGGAGCAAGAGCCUGAUUCACAGUGUGAAUUAAUAGAAAACAACUAUAGCCAAUAUAGCGAGUUGUUUGAAAAGACAGAGAAGAAUGUAGAUAACCGUAGAACGGAAACCAACAAACAUGAAGAACAGGUACCUCAGGUAAAGACUAUUGAGGGAUGUGUUGAUCACUUGUUGAUUCUAGCACAAUCUGCUGAGACAUUAGCUGCACAAUCUGAAGAUAGUGUGGCUAGGACUCAUACAAACAAUCAAAAUAAAGAUCAGGAGUGCUCUCAAGAACCACUUGAUAGAUCGUCAUCAGUUUCUCAUGCGAGUAGUGAAAGGUGUGAGCUUCGUUACAAAGUUACAGGAAUGCGCUUAACUCAAAUACGCAAGCAAGCUAGAUGUAAAUAUCGUAUAUUGGAUCAAGAUACAGCUGAGGAUAACCAAUGCAAACAUUUACAAAGAAAAACAGUCCGCCUGAGCCAAAUAAAGCAUCAAGCUAGAUGUAAAAGCAAGAAUGAUUUGUCAGUCCGCCUGAGCCAAAUAAAGCAUCAAGCUAGAUGUAAAAGCAAGAAUGAUUUGUCGCCUCACAUGUUCACUGAACAAGGAAACAAGCAGCGUCGAGGAAGGAUACUUCGAUUAAGUCACAUGAAACACCUAGCUCGCUCCAAAAACAAUGCAACAGUAAAAGAAGGGACAGAGGAACAUAUGUGUGUAAAUCAACAAUGCAAUGAAUACCGAGAUUCUAAUCACUGUGGGGUUGAAGGUGUGCCAGCACAUAAUAUUUUCGGAGGAGCCGGACAAUCGUCUGUUGCGAGGCGCGGUAUUGAAAAUGAUAAGGAAUGUCAACGUGCUGCAAGGCGAUUAAGGUCAUUCAAGACUAAAAAACUCAGGAAUGCAAGAUUGAAUGGUAGUGCAAGUUUUCUAAAAGAUAAAGAUCUAAUUACAUGUCAAGAGAAGCUACCUGAAACUUCUGGAUGUAAUGAAAAUUUAGAAGCAAAUUUUGGCAGAAAUAAACUUCCAGUACAAAACAAUGUACUUAUGUUCACCGGAUUACCAAAUUCUGCAUUCCGGCAAUAUGAUCCGAACAUGGGGUGGAUGUUGUACAUGCACCAUGUGCAACUAAAGGAAUAUCAUCGGGUUGUUGCACGUCAGCAUAGAGCAGAGCGUAUCGAAGAGAAAAGGGCAUUGAAAUAUAAACAACAAAAUGCGAAGAAUCCUGUACUAGAAGCAAAAUCAAAAGCACAAGUGGAGCUUUCACCUAUCAAAAGAUUACGCUUAACUCAAUUGAAACAUGAAGUUCGUAGAGGGAAUCAAUGUCCUAUGUCCUAUCAUGCAAGGACCUGAUGGAAGUUAGAGAUAUCAUUUGGUUGGUAUCAAGCAUUUUAGAGGGCAAGAAUGCAUACAAGAACAAGUCCUGCAAAGCUUCUAUGAAAAAUUUGUGCUGUCAUAUAUUUUUUUAAUGAACUAUUUUGAGAUAAUGUUUUUGUAUACAUGACAAAAUUCUGAUUAGUUUUAUGUGGUAAUUAUUUAUCUUUUUUGAGAUAUAUCAAUACAAAACUAUAUUAGUUCA